GAAGGUAUUCUGGGAAUUUACUUUUCAAUUCCCCCUGCCCCCCCAGCCCGAUACCCCAUCCGUUUUCAUUGACUCCCAUGAAAAGCAAGGAUCCAGCCAUACUUCAAUGGACCCCCAGGGGAUCUUGAAGGCAUUUCCCAAGCGAAAGAAAAUUCGUGCAGAUCCAUCAUCAAAAGCACUGGCAAAGGUUCCCAGAAGGGAGGCGGGAGAAGCUGGAGAUUGGCUGAGCUCCCUGAGGGCUCACAUUAUGCCCACUGGCAUUGGACGAGCCCGGGCCGAGCUCUUCGAGAAGCAGAUUAUCCAUCACGGUGGCCAGACAUGCUCUGCCCAGGCCCCAGGAGUUACUCACAUCGUGGUGGAUGAAAACAUGGACUGUGAGCGGGCUCUUCGGCUCCUCAGACUACCCCAGCUACCCCCCAGUGCUCAGCUGGUGAAGUCAUCCUGGCUAAGCUUGUGCCUGCAGGAGGGAAGGGUGCUGGACACAGCUGGAUUCAGUCUCUCCAUCCCCAGGAGUUCCUCCAACCAACCACAGCCCGGCAAAACAGACCAAGGCUCUUCUGCCCCUGGUACCCAGGAGGCUGUAUCCAGGACGACCCUCUCUCUUCCCCCUCCCCACACCGGAUCUGCAUCUUCUCCCAAAAAGACAGAGAAGGCACCAAGAACCCCAGCCCAGCUCAGCUCAGAUGACGAAACCGGUGAUGAGGAAGAACCCUGGGUUAGCUCAGCAGAUCUGGAAGCCUUGAUCAGUGGGCGCUAUCCCACUCCCCCUGAAGAAGAUGGUGGGCCCGACCCAGCCCCAGCAGCCCUGGAGAAGUGGGUCUGUGCACAGCCCUCGAGCCAGAAGGCCACUAAUUACAACCUGCACAUCACAGAGAAGCUAGAAGUACUGGCUAAAGCCUACAGUGUCCAGGGAGACAAGUGGAGGGCCCUGGGCUAUGCCAGGGCCAUCAAUGCCCUCAAGAGCUUCCACAAGCCUGUCAGCUCCUACCAGGAGGCCUGCAGCAUCCCUGGAAUUGGGAAGCGGAUGGCUGAGAAGAUCAAGGAGAUCCUGGAGAGCGGGCAUCUGCGGAAGCUAGACCACAUCAGUGACAGUGUGCCUGUCUUGGAGCUCUUCUCCAACAUCUGGGGAGCUGGAACUAAGACUGCCCAGAUGUGGUACCAUCAGGGUUUCCGGACUCUAGAAGACAUCCGAAGCCUGGACUCCCUGACUGCUCAGCAGGUCGUCGGCUUGAAGCACUACGAUGACUUCCUGGAGCGCAUGCCCAGGGAGGAGGCUGCGGAAAUUGAACAGACAGUCCGGACAUCAGCCCAGGCCUUCAAUCCUGGGCUGCUGUGUGUGGCCUGUGGCUCUUACCGAAGGGGGAAGAUGACCUGCGGGGAUGUGGAUGUGCUCAUCACUCACCCAGAUGGUCGGUCCCACCAGGGCAUCUUCAGCUGCCUCCUUGACAGCCUUCGGCAGCAAGGGUUCCUCACAGAUGACCUGGUGAGCCAGGAGGAGAAUGGCCAGCAGCAGAAGUACUUGGGUGUGUGCCGGCUUCCAGGGCCCGGGCAGCGGCACCGGCGACUGGACAUCAUCAUCGUGCCCUACAGAGAGCUGCCUCUGAGCGGUAGCAGGACAGUGGAAGAGACCUGAAACAUGAGCAGGACCUCUGAGAGGCUGAGGAGCAGUGCCCACUGAUGCCCGCUGAUGCCCACUGAUGCCCGCUGAUGCCCGCUGAUGCUCAGCAGGAGACGGACAGCAGCCCUGCCACCGCCAGGAAGCGAAUCCUGCCAGCCACAAGGAUGAGCAUGCAAGGACCUUUUCUUUAGAGCCUACAGGGAUCCCAGGCUAUCCAGGGCCUUCAUUCAGUCUGUGGGACGCUAGGCAGCAAGCUCAGCUGACCAUGCCCUGCACCCAUGGUUGCUCUUUGAAGGGCCUGAGGAGGUGAAAGUGCAUUGCAGCAGUAGGGAGUAGAUGCAUAAAGUCUGGGCAGGGGUCUUAGGACGCUCCUGCUGUGGGCUGGAGUUGAAGCUGGGGUGGGGGUCUAGGGACUCUAUUAAUACCACUCCCCGCUCCCCAGAUUUCCCAAGGCAAUAACUGCUCCCAGUUUCCAGACUCCGCAGCCUCCUCUGAUGCUUUUCAUGUGAACAAAUCCUUGCAGACAGUUUAGUUUGUGACCUGUGCAUGGGAACCCGGGCUGUGACUCACUGUGAGUGUAGCCAAGCUCACAACUGCACCGUGAGCUCCUGCAGAAACUUCCAGCAACAGAGUGGCUUGGGUGGUGCCUUUCUUUCCAAAAUGGCGUUUCAGACAUUUAUUCAUGGGACCUGGGUGGAUCCUGGGAAAAGAGACUAUUGAGACCCACACUACAUGUUAGAAGGCUGGAAGGACCAGUGAUAGCGUGCAAGUUAUGGAAGGAGACUUGGGGAAGGGCCCUGAGUUACCUACGCCACAUAUCUGGUUUAUUAGAGUGGUUUUGCCAAGACCUACAUGUGAAUAUGUAGUCUCCAGGUAGAUUUGUGUCUCCAUUUUAGAGAUGAAACCUGAGUCCCAGACAGAAAGAUGGUUCAAGGGUCAAGACCAUGUACUGAUCUUUCAGGUCCCUGGGCCUGAGUUCAAUUCCCAGCACCCACACUGGGCAGCUCACAACCACCUGGAUAUCUCUCUCUCUCUCUCUCU